AUGCCUCUCAACAAGCGAUCCGCAGGUUCUACACCUCUUUCCACAAAGCGACCACGACUCCCAGUACCACCCGAAGAGCAUGAUGAUUCACAGACUGACGGAACUCGGAGCAGUCAGUCGACCACCGCCCCAAUAGUGCGUAAAGGGCUUCUCCGUUCUACCGACACAUCGACUGGAAGAAGCAGCCCUAGAAGGGUAGAAUUCCAUCUCCCCGAUGGCAAUACUGGCAGCGUUGAAGUGCAAGAGGUGGAGGAAACCGCCGAUACCAGCCACUCGGAGUACGACGACUCCUCAGAGAACGCCCAGGAGAGCUCUGAAGAGAAUCUGGAUGACGUGGAAGAAGAAUCUCAAGCUUCCACCCAGCAGAGAUCCCAGAGUACGGGGAAGAGGCCUCGUACAGUACAGCCGACUACUGCCAGAGCACUGGGCAAUGCUCGGAGGAGACCAACCGGAGCGGUAGCGGAGGUUAUUGCUUCCUCCGACGUGUCGGUGGAUGUGGUACAGGUUCGACUCCAUCCCAGUCAUUAA